CAGGCUUCUUCGGCAUUGCAACUGAAGCUGCGACACGACAGGCUCUUCUGGUAGCAACAGUGACGAGAACAGAACUCUCAAUGAACUACCCCAGCAGCGUAUACCGUCACCAGUGGCUUUCGCUAAAUUACUUGCGACAACCCAUUCUCUGCAUUUUCACGAAUUUUGCCUCUCAUCCCGCGGAGAAUACAGAGAAUGUAGAGGAUAUUAUUUCAAGGUGUAAAAGGUACCCUUCGCCGAGAGUAGUUUCAGUCUUCACACUUAUCAGUGGCAAAGAGCACCAGGAAUCAGGAGAUUUACGUCCUCAUCGGAGGCCAUCAGCCCGCCGACAUUUUCGCAAGCGCGAACGUUCCGUUACAUGACUCACAACACAACUGAUCUACGCAAUCCCGUCAUUUUUAUACACAAGUGGUUCCUAACCCUGCAAGGCGGAGAUGCGACUAUGAGGAAGACCUUCUUGACUAAAGAAGAGUGGCUCUGCCUGUCGAGCCUCUCCCGAAAGGGCGCGCGUUGCUCUGGAUGCCUUCGAGUUGUCGAAUUUCAUGUGGAGUAUGAUGCUGAUGCGUGGACGGCACAUCGAGACUUGUGCAGUGCAAUAGAGAAGAGGAUGAUGACUGCCGUUGCUAGAGCACUGGAGUUUCCAGCGGGAGAUAUGGAUGAGUACGGCCUUGAUGAAGCAUAUUACGGUCAUGAAGACCAGUGGAGUCCGGUGAACAAUUGUACACCAGACGACAGAUGGAGCGUCUUAAUGGAGAUCUUGACGUUGUCGGAGAAACCCUCAGAGGAGGCGGAGGAGAAUGUGGGUCAAUAUUUGAAGACGACGUCCGUUACACAAUCCGAAGCCAAAGGCGGUGCUUCUGCAAAUUCAGCACGCGAGGGAGAUGUCGGUGGCAUCGAUGAUAGUUCUAUCCCAGGAAAAAACGAUUGCUACUAUGGGGAAGAAAAUACCGGCAGUGGUUGUGAUAUCUCGACAAAGGGUCUUUCAGUGCAGCUGUGUUACGAGGAGAGAUAUAAUCCUGUCUCUGAUAAAAUUCUGAAACAGGCGUAGGAUGGAACGAUGAGCUGCAUGUAGCUGAAAUGAAAUGCAGUAAAGUACCAUUGAAUCGACUUCAGUAUUCGACUGACGGUCUGGUUGAUUGUAAGGCGGCGUGAGUUAGGUUACUAAGUACUUAGGUAUGGUGGAAGGUACCACCGUAUAUCGACCGGAAGAGAGCCGGUAAUUCCAUGAUGUGCCGUCAAGGCAAAGGUUUGAUCCUUUGUUGAAGUUUGCAGGGAUGCUCGGUUCAAUGAGGCGAAAACACUCUGGAUCUAGACGAAGGUUUGCGGUACC